AUGGCCGCACGGAAGCCGCGUCUCGACGACGCCUACGCCGCCAUCCUCGCAGGCCGGGAGGCCCUCAACCGCCGGCGCCACCUCACCCUCAAUGACGGACGCCUGGUCGACUUCUCGUCCAACGGCUACCUGUCCCUGUCGACGCGCCCCGACCUCAGGACCGCCUACAUGUCGCGCCUCCACGACGCCCGCGACGCCUUCUCCCUGGGCUCGUGCGGCUCCCGCCUGCUCGACGGCAACUCCGCCGGCGCCGAGAAGCUCGAGGCCGACGUUGCCGCCUUCCACGGCGCCCCCGCCGGCCUGCUCUUCAACUCGGGCUUCGACGCCAACACCGGCCUGUUCGCCUGCGCCCCGCAGCUGGGCGACCUCGUGCUCUACGACGAGCUGAUCCACGCCAGCGUCCACGACGGCAUGAGGCUGGGCAGGGCGACCGCCGUGCCCUUUGCGCACAACUGCGUCGCCGGCGCCGACGCCGACGCCCGAGGCGUCCCCGCGGGCAAGAGCCUGGACGAGGUGCUGCGCGCCUUGCUCGACGGCCGCGACGGCCGCGCCCUCGCCACCGGCUCCAGGAACGUUUUUGUCGCCGUCGAGGCCGUCUACAGCAUGGACGGCAACGUCGCCCCCCUCCGGAGGAUUGUCGAGUGCGUCGAAGCCCGGCUGCCGCUGGGCAACGGCUACGUCGUCGUCGACGAGGCCCACUCGACGGGCUGGCUGGGACGGCGCGGCCGAGGACUCGUGUGUCACCUGGGCCUGGAGGACCGCGUUUGGGCUCGCGUCCACACGUUCGGCAAGGCUUUGGGGUGCGCUGGAGCCAUUGUCUUAUGCACACCAACUACUAGAUCGUACUUGAUCAACUAUGCGCGCAGUCUGAUAUACACCACUGCCAUGGGCUUUCCCACCCUCGCAGCUAUUCAGACGGUCUACUACGACUUUUUGAGACUGGGCCGGGCAGACCCUCUUGCCGCGGAUCUGAUGUCCCUCGUGGGGAAAGCACACGGCCUGCUCCUAGAUUUAUCUCGCAGAUACAACCAUCCUUCACCCCUGCUUCGCAUCAGCACCGCCCCUCCGGAAUCACCCAUCAUUCCGGUAUUUUCAAGCCAGGCGAAAAGUCUAGCUCUUCACUGCCAAAAGCGAGGCUACAUGAUCCGUUUCAUACGUGAGCCUACGGUGCCAAAGGGUACUGACAGGCUGCGGCUUUGCCUCCACGCCGCGAAUACGGUUGCAGAGGUACGAGGGUUGUGCAUGGCAAUGGAGGAAUGGCUCGAGGAGCAACUCGCGGAACAGCCGGCCGCCAGGCCAAAGGUUACAGAGCUGGGGUCAGUCGUCAGUACGACUGCACGUAGUGAAACCCCGGUAGGCGUGAUAAGUAGGCUAUGA